AUGAGCCCAAUCACAAUAAACACCCUACUUUUCUUUGUACCUAUUUCGGUGAGCUUAAUCUCCCAAGAAUGCAUAUCUGAAACGAACAGGAGCUGCCACGAGAAGAUUACGAAAUUAAACGAAUUCUCAAAUGAAAUUCGAAAAUCUGAAUUCCCAUUGUCUGCACAACUCGAUGAGUACAAUAGAUUGGUACGAGCGAUGUUGAAUUGUACGUCUAAUCAGAACUGCAUGAAGGAUCAUUCUAUAAUAGACAUCUUUGACAGCUUCAAUAAUUGGAAUAUAGCAUCAGAAGCAUAUAAAUUUGACUGGGAAUGCAUGGAGAAGGUUUUAAAGAGCGUCGCUUUUGAAAAAUACGAGUGUUCGCUAGAGCAUGAUUUCUUUAUGAUGGAUUCAAGUAACGUUCACGCAGCUGGAAAGGCUUGUUUUCUGACCAUUUCGGAACAAGAAUGUCCCUUUAAAUAUUACCAUUUUCUAAAGACAAAUUACGAGGGCAUCAUUAAAACCUAUACGGUUUCCUCCAACAAUAACCUCUGCGACAGUGCAUUUGACAAGUUUCAAGGAUUUGUAUGCCAUGCAAUGGAGAGUGCGAUUUAUUCAAAACUGAGCACAAUUUCAGCAGAUGUUUCGAAUUCUCAAAUCGAAGAAACAAAAAAUAAAUGUCAAAAGUUUCAGAAAUGCUCUGAAAAGUCUUGUUCUUUAUCGAACGCAAUUAAAGAGAGAAACAAAUUGGAGUGCGACACCAUGGAAUCUUUUUUCAUAAAAUUCAAACUGUUACCGAAAAUGGACUGUCUGAAAGAGCUGAACACUUUGAGAGUUUUGGAAGAAUACAGAUACUGCUUGGGUCUUCCGGAUCAUGGAGAGAAUUGUUUGAAGGAAGUUAUUGUGAAGAAUGAUGUUUGUCAGAAGGAGAUAAUGAGAAAAUUUUUGGAUGCUCCAUAG